AUGACCAUGCAGCCCUAUACACCCAGCCCUAAUCACCUGGCAGAUAUGUUUGUGGAGAAUGAUAUUGUAUUCUCCUGUAGGCCAACUGUCAACUACGGAAAGCUCCCACAGCAGCAUGUCUGUGAGGAGGAGGAGAUUCUCACUGACCAGCAGCUCUGUGACCAGGAGAGGAACUCAAGUCUGGACCAAGAGGAACCAGAGCCUCCACAGAUUAAAGAGGACCAAAAGGAACCAGAGCCUCCACAGAUUAAAGAGGAACAAGAGGAACCAGAGCCUUCAGAAAUUAAAGAGGAACCAGAGCCUUCGGACAUUAAAGAGGAACUCUGCACCAGUCUUGAGAUAGAACAGCCGGUACUGAAGGAGGAGACAGAAACCUUGAUGUGGACUCCUACUUGUGAGGAAAGUGAAGAUCAGACUCUAGACUUGAGUCCUGAUAAAACUCAGAUUGACAAGUCUACCACUUUAAAGAUUCACAAUAAUACUUUGACAGAGAAACCGUGUUUUGAAUGUGACACUUGUGGGAAAUCCUUUGCGGUCAAGUCCAAUUUGUGCAGACAUCUCAGAGUCCAUACAGGUGAGAAGCCGUAUACAUGUAACACCUGUGAGAAAAGAUUCUCUCAGCUGAAUACAUUAAAAGUGCACAUGAGAACACACACAGGUGAGAAGCCGUUUCCAUGUAACACCUGUGGGAAAAUAUUCUCUAAUCUAACCAACUUAAAAGUGCACAUGAGAGUCCAUACAGGUGAAAAACCGUUUUCAUGUAACACCUGUGGGAAAAUAUUCUCUACGCUGAGGCUAUUAAAAGUGCACAUGAGAAUCCAUACAGGUGAGAAGCCGUACCUAUGUCACACUUGUGAGAAAAGAUUCUCUAUGCCGAGUGCAUUAAAACUGCACAUGAGAACACACACAGGUGAGAAGCCGUACCCAUGUGAUACCUGUGAGAAAAGAUUCUCUCAGCUGUGCACAUUAAAAGCACACAUGAGAACACACACAGGUGAGAAGCCGUACCCAUGUAACACCUGUGAGAAAAGAUUUUCUGAGAGGAGCAAAUUAAAACGACACAUGACUCUCCAUACAGAUGAGAAGCCGUACAAUUGUAAAACUUGUGGUGAAAAGUUCAGAUAUACUACCCAUUUGACUAGACACAUGAGAACACACACAGUGGGAAAAGAUUCUGUCUGAUGCCAGAUUUGAAAAGACUCAUGAAAAUACAUUGAUGGCAAG